UCCGGCACGUGGGCGGUGGAGGGUCUGCGUAUGGGACGCCACCCCUCCCCGCCUUGCAAGCCCUGGCAUCGUGAUCUCGUCCAGCAUCAGCUGCCCUCAGCAGCAGCAGCGGCAGCAAUGAACUCAAUCGUCCGCCUCUGUCGCCCCACAGCCACCAGAUCGUGGUUGGUGCGCGGGCACCACUGUGCCGUGCCGGACGUCCAGAAUGAACCCAUCCUGGAGUACGCGCCGGGCAGCCCCGAGAGACAGGCCCUGCAGAAGGCCCUGGCUGCCCUCAAGGGGAAGACGGAGGAGAUCCCAUGCGUGGUCGGAGGGCAGCACGUGUGGACCAAGGAUGUGCACCACCAGCUCAGCCCGUUCAACCACUACCACAAGGUGGCCAAGUUCUGCUACGCCGACAAGGAGCUGAUUGAGCGGGCGAUAGAGGCGGCGAUGUCGGCGCGGACCGAGUGGGAGGCGCGCCCCGUGUCGGACCGUGCCCAGGUCUUCUUCAAGGCGGCUGACCUGCUGAGCGGGCCCAAGCGCGCCGAAAUCCUGGCCAAGACGAUGGUGGGACAGGGGAAGACGGCGAUCCAGGCGGAGAUCGACGCGGCAGCGGAACUCGUCGACUUCUUCCGCUUCAACGCCAAAUACGCGCUGGAGCUGCAGCACCAGCAGCCUCUCAGCACCGCGGAGAGCACCAACUCGCUCAGCUACCGCGGGCUCGAGGGGUUCGUGGCGGCCGUUUCUCCGUUCAACUUCACGGCGAUCGGGGGGAACCUGGCGGGAACGCCGGCUUUGAUGGGUAACGUGGUUUUGUGGAAACCGAGCGACACAGCGCUGAGCGCCAGUUGGGUGAUCUACCGCACGCUGCUGGAGAGCGGCCUCCCGCCCAACGUCAUCCAAUUCGUGCCGGCCGACGGCCCCACGUUCGGGGACAGCGUCACCGCGUCGCCGCACCUCGCUGGCAUCAACUUCACCGGCAGCGUGCCCACGUUCAAGCGGCUAUGGAAGCAGGUGGCCGACAACCUGGACGUCUACCGCACGUUCCCCAAGCUCGCCGGCGAGUGCGGCGGCAAGAACUUCCACGUGGUUCACCCGUCGGCGGACGUGAAAUCAGUGGUGGCGGGAACGUUGCGCGCCGCCUUCGAAUACGGCGGGCAGAAAUGCUCGGCGUGCUCACGAGCGUACAUCGCCGCGUCGCUCUGGCCACAGGUGGAGGCCGGCCUCCUGGAGGCCCACAAGUGGAUCAAAGUAGGCAACCCGGUGGAGGACUUUGAGACGUUUUUCUCGGCCGUCAUCGAUGACAAGGCGUUUGCACGGAUCAAGCGGUACCUGGAUCACGCCAAGGCCGGCGGUAGCCUGCGCGUGCUGGCCGGCGGGGGCGUCGAUGACCGCGUGGGAUUCUACGUGGAGCCCACCAUUGUGGUGACCACCGACCCCCACGACCGCAUCAUGGAGGAGGAGAUCUUCGGGCCGGUGCUGACGGUGUACGUGUACCCGGAUGACGAGUACAAGCAGAUACUGCAGCUCGUGAACGAGACAUCUCCCUACGGGCUCACGGGUGCCGUGUUCGCACAGGAUGAGGCGGCGGUGUCGGAGGCCUCGGCCAUUCUCAGGAACUCGGCCGGGAAUUUCUACAUCAACGACAAAUGCACGGGGUCGGUGGUGGCACAGCAACCCUUCGGGGGAGCCCGUUCCUCCGGUACGAAUGACAAGCCCGGGAGCCCCAUGUACAUCACCCGUUGGACGUCACCACAAGCCAUCAAGCGAACUCACGUGCCCCUGACGCAGUGGGGCUACCCCAGCAUGGCCAAGUCCUAACCCCGAACCCACAGCACGAUACGUCAAACACCAACCACGUUCUUCCAGCACCUCCCUGGGAGAAACACUUGAUUUUUAUACUCUUUGGUUCUUUCGGUAAAGUCACGUAGGUAGUGACGUGACUUUACCGAAAGAACCAAAGAGUAUGGAUUCCUUGCAGUCACGAAAGCUUCAAUCAAAUUCAUUUUUACUCUAGCCCAUAAGCACACCUCCAAAUCUGUAGCACCUAAACGUCUAGCCCUUAACCUCUAACCCUUUAACACCCAUCCCUUAAACCUUAAUCACUUGAAGCUAUGGAAAACCUCAAUUGCCUUUUAAACAUUGGCUCUUACCCUAAACAUGGCGAACCGCCUGGCACUUUUAGCUUUAUCAGCGUAGUUUUAAUCUCACGAUUGUAUCUGAGCCUUAUGCACUUCCUCACGUUGGCCCGAAAAGAAAAAAAAUUGGAUCAUGUCGUUCUUCCUAACCGUUGCCUUGCUGACUGAAAAACAGAGAGUUUUGUUUUAUUAAUGGAGAGAAUCGAGCUUUGAGUUUGGAAAAGAAUUGUUUUUAAUGAAUAAAAAAUGGCCUCUGUGUCUGCGAUGGAGGGCGGCAACGAUGGAGUUUUAAGUUUUAGGAGAUCUGAAACGCAACUGCAGUGCAACGCUUUAAAUCCUGCCAUGUUUUAAUGUCCUUGUUUUUAAUGUACGUCGAUUUAGCAAAACAAUGCAAUAAUGCUUUAAUACUAAAGAAAAACAAUACACCGAUUUUGAAUACA